CCCUGACUCAAUUAUUUUCAGAGAGGCAGAGACUGAAGCAGAUAAUUUACAGACAGAAAUUUCAAAAAGAGUCAAGACUGAUGAAACAGAAUCGGAGACAGCUGAAAUAACCACUGAUUAUAGCACACCUUCACACAACAUUGAACACGUCAGUGAGCUGCUUCCCUCUUACUCUUCGGAGCAUAAUAUUAUUCCUCCUACCGAAACACUCUUUGAAGACACUCCUAUUGUGCCAGAGAAAGUUCUGGAUACUUAUAUGCCAGAUGAAACAGACCAUACUGCAUCUGUAACACUCUCACCAGACUUUCGCACUGUGACAAAGGAGCAAGACACAGAGGAAACGGAAUCUACUGUGACUGAGGUUGAAGAUUUAAGAGACUUUAAACACUCAUUGAUUGACACAGACGAUAUACCAGCAGUGACUAAUGAGCAUAUAGACUCCAUACAGACUGGUGAGGGAAGUGACGGAAAUAUCUACACUCCCCAUGAACAAUCAUCUGAAUCAACAAUCACAGAUCCACUCAUGAAGGAAGAUGAGAUGAACACAGGCUGGUAUGGUAGUGUUUAUAAUACAUUCACAGGACUAUAUGGUGGAGAAAUAAAAGAAGAUGACACAGGGGAUAGUUUGGGGUUGUCAGACACUGCAGUAACUCCUGCACCAGACAGAAUUUUAAACGAAGAGGUUACAGCACAAAGACAGGAUCAACAGUCUCUGUUUACAGUAGAGGACCUGACAUCUGCGUUUCAAAGCUUCACAUCAAAUUCUGAGGAGGACACAACCCCUAUCGAGGGGAAGGAUCAACAGAGUGAAGAGCCACCAACAGAGAACUCCCCUACAGACUCUGAAUGCCUACAGGAGACCUGCAGUGGUUUGACCGAAAACACACAGGUCACUUCAGUAGAUGGUGAAACAGCACAAGAAAGAGACUCAAUCGACCUUGAAGAAGAAGACAGUGUUUCUCUGGAUAAUUCUGAUUCCUACAACGGAAUGAAGUCGGAGACACCCUCAGAAGAUGAAGACAAGAUGAAUAUGAGAACAACUGUUGCCUGGCUAACUGAAACUGGGGUGAACGCAUGGUUAGCUUGCUUGGAGCUUAUCAGAUGGGUUUUCAAACAGGUGGUAUCAUCACUCCCAGACGACCUCAGACCUGGUCCUGACCUGUAUGGGGUACCAUGGGAGCCAGUCAUCGUCACUGGUGUAUUGGGUCUACUUAUAAUGCUUCUCUUCACUGGCCGUCUCUACCAAUGUGUGAAAAGCAGACUCAAUGCACGCAGAGAAAGAAUCAUGACAAAACAAAUAGAAGAGCUGCUGGCGGAAAGACAUAAAAUGCUUGAUAACCUCAGUGGCCUUCAAAAGGAGCAUGAAAAGCAGUCUGCCCACCAAAAUGGGGGACAGUUGCCUCUCCUGGAAAAGAGUAGAAAACUGCAGGACAAGGAGCGGGAGCUGAAAGAGACAAAUGCUCAGCUCAGGAAGAGGCUUGAAAUCCUGAAAGAGGAUGUGAAGGCUGAGAAGGAGUCAAAACAACAGAUGGAAAAACAGGUUGCAGAGGCAGAGGAAAACAGGAGACGCUUAGAAGAAAGUGCCAUGGCCCUGAAAUCCCAAAUGGAGCAGGCCACAACAACACUGAAGAUCCACAACAUGAACUGUGAGCGACUGGAGAAGAGACUUCAGGCAAAUAAUGAGGAGAAAGUGAUGCUGAGGGAGAGUAUAGACCAGCUGAGGCAGGAAGCAGAGGGCUGGUCGGAGCGCCUGGCAGAGAAGGAGGAGGAGAUGAAGAUGUGUGAGAGCUCCCAACACCGCAUGCUGGAGGAGCGCACAAAGAAGAACGAGCAGUUAAAGGUGCUCAGAGAGACUUUGCUGAAAAUGAACUGGGACUCGGACGAUGACACUGAGGCCAAUGGGGCGGCGGACCGCAACUCGCCUAACGGAGAUGGACCAGAUCACCAUCAACAGCAGAAAAUUGAGAAACUCGUCUACGCUGCCAAGCUGAACGCAGACCUGAGAUCCCUGGAGGAGGAUAAGAAUAGAGUGGUUGCCAAGCUCGCUGAUGAAAUUAAGGCCAAGGAAGACCUCCUAGAGGGCAUCGAAUUUCUGGAGAAGGACACAGACAGGUUGCAGAAAGAGAGUGUCGCCUUCGCCAGCGAGUCCCAGAAGCUGGAACAGAAACUCACCAUCAUGACGGAGAUGUACCAUGAGAACGAACUCAAGCUGCACAGGAUGCUGACAGUGGAGGAGAGGGAACGGCUGGAGAAAGAGGAAAAGCUGACUAAGGCUGAUAUGAAGAUAUCCCUCGCCGCUGAGGAGAGGAACAACUACAGGAUAAGAGCAGAGGAACUUAAAGACGAGAUUGACAGGACCAACCAGGCCUAUAAAAAGCAGAUUGCAUCACAGGAAAAGAAGGCUCAUGACAACUGGUUGGCUGCUCGAGCUGCUGACCGAGACCUAGCAGACAUCAAGAGAGAAAACGCUCACCUCCGCCAGAAGCUGACUGACUACCAGUUUAAAUUGGAUGUGCUGGAGAAAGACCCAUACGCUCUGGAUGCUCCAGGACGACCACUAUUCAGAGGAGAAAGGUCACCGUACGGCCCCUCUCCACUGGGCCGCCCCUCCUCCGAGACGAGAGCGUUCCUCUCCCCGCCGACCUUGAUGGACGGCCCUCCGCGUCUCUCUCCUCAGUUUCCCAUGGGCCCUGGCGGCAGAGGCCAUAUGUACCCAGAGCCUGGACCUCCAUUCCGGAGGCCCCCACCUGGAGCCUUCCCCAUGGGCCCCCUGCCCCCCAGGCCCCCUUUCCCACCUGGGGAGGGUCCUCACGGCUAUGGACCGGGGCCAGGCCCAGGCCCCCACCCUCCCCAUCCUGCCGACAAGCCCGACUUUGCGGGGAACAGCUCUGGGAUUAGUGACGCCGAAAGCCGAGAUGCGAGUCACAUGUCGGCUCCUGGAGACCUGCGUAUGCCACCCGAGGCGGAGAUGAGGAUGGGGCCCCCGCCGCCCAUGCCCAUGGACCCCAGAGACCCCCACUUCCAGCGCAGGGGUCCCUAUGGCCCCCCGCCAGACUUCUACCCCAUGAGAGGGCCCGGUGGAAUGCCCAUGGGAAUGCGAGGCCCACCACCUCCAGGCAUGUUCCCCAGAUACCCGCCUCCCCCCCACAUGGGCUACCCUCCUGCGGGCGGCAGACCCCCGAUGGACGGCUUCCCCCCCGGCCCUCCAGGGCCCCCGCCGAGGCCCUCGCCACCCGGCAGCGAGCAGCCGUCCCACCAGACUCCCCCUCCGCAUGACGGCGUCUGAGAGAAACCAGAGUCCACCCCCCCCCUGCAUCUCACCGCAUCAUCUACAGCUCCCAGGGAAUAAUAUAACCAUGGAUGGAUGCUUCCCCGUGCAGCGCGCGCGCACACACGCACACACACACACACACACACACGCGCAAACACACACACACGCAC